AUGACCACCAGCCAAAGCACCAGCAGCCUCUCAACCCGAGUCUCCCUCCGCUGGCUCCCCGACCCCGCCUUCGAAAACACCGACACCAUUGUCCUGUUCCUAAUGGGCUGGUACGUGGAUCUCCGCAUCGACAAAUCCUCUGGCAGAAUUGACUGGGCGAUCGCCGGCCAACGCAUCGUAGAAAGCCAAGAGCCGCUGCGCGUGCUUUUCACACACGCCGUCGACUCGCAUAAUGCCUUUGAUGCAGUCGAUUGCGGGACGUUUACGGCGCUGCCGAACGGGGAUGACCUUGAGACGGGGUCGAUGCCUCGUUGGGACCUUCCUGGUGCGCCGGUUAGGGAGUAUGAGGAGGUGUGGCGGGAGUUGCCCUUCAGAGAGGGACCCGAGGGUCCGGGGAGGGGGGUUUCAUGGGUGUUGGAGGCGAGGGGAGGUGAGCAGGGGGUGAGUGGUCAGGAUGGGAGUACGGUGGUUCGGAUGUUCAUUGCGAGGAUUUGGGGGACUUAUGUUGUGCUGCGGCAGGAGCAGACGCACUAUGGCGGAGAUCCGGAAGACGUCAAAAACGGAGGGGAGGUCAGCGCUAGACGUGAGGAGUGGGACUCUGUGUCUGGGUGGAAGACGAAGUAUACCCUCGGCCCGGAUGUCGACAAAUUACCCUCCAUGACGACGAUUGACACCGGAGACGGGGAGUGGAGCGUUGGCAGCGAAGUGGUGCUGAGCGGCCAACCAUACAUUGUACGAGCGCUUGAAAGAAUGAAAUAA